GGACUGGAAUAGGAGUGGUCCCGGCAGACGCGGCGCCGCCGGACAGUGCCACUAUGGGGACCACAGCCCCAGGGCCCAUUUACCUUCUGGAUCUAUGUGACCAGAAACUCCUGGACUUUGUCUACAAUGUGGACAAUAAGGACUUCAUGUGGCUCAAGGAGAUUGAGGAGGAGGCUGAGCGCAUGUUUAUCAGAGAAUUCAACAAUGAGCCAGAGCUGAUGCCCAAAACUCCUUCUCAGAAAAACCGUCGGAAGAAGAGACGGGUGUCUAACAUUCAGGAUGAAAACAGAGAUCCCGUGAGGAAAAGGUUAUCUCGCAGAAAGUCUCGGAGUAGUCAGGUAGGCACCCGGCAUCUCCGCAGCAAGCCGGUUACUAUUGUUGAGGAGAAUGGCUCCCCUGUGUUGCAGCGGAUAACUCGGGCUGCAGCUGCAGCAGCAGCAGCAUCAGCAGCAGCAGCAUCAGCAUCAGCAGCAGCAGCAGCAGCAGCAGCAGCAUCAGCAUCAGCAGCAUCUGUGUCUGUGGCAUCAGGUUCUUGCUCUCCCACUGCUGAGUCUCCUCCCACAGUGCUGAUGAAGGAAGCUGUGGUGGAGGUAAACAUCCGUGAUCAACUGAGAGCAGAACUACAACUCAUUAAGCUCAAAGGUGGCCUUCCUCCAUCUUCAGUUUCCCAAGGCACCUUGACAUCAGAGGAGAAACCAACACCCAAGAAAUCAGAGGCUGGGAGGCUAGACUCUGUCACAGUGAACUCCCUCAAGGCUACCCCUCAGAGCCCUAAGAACCGAGGGGUUGGGGAAGGACGUUCUGUUUCCAAGCUCAAGAUUGCUCGGGCCUCCCGGGGCCUGCAGGACUCUCCUGGCUCUACAGACUCUCCAUGGCAAGAGCGGGUGCUUUCUCCUAUCCUGCCAAAUAAUAUCUUGCCCACCACAGCCAAGAGCCCUCUUGGGAGUAUUCGAUCAGUGCGGCGAAGCCUGAUUUCCCAGGAUUCCCAAGUGCCACUAGCCAAAAAGUAUUGUUUGGUGGCCGAACAAGAAAAUGCUAGUCGCAGAUCAAGCAGGAUUGCCAAGAAGGCUGGCAAAGAGCCAGAGGCCUCUGCUCGCAUCAUUUGUCACAGUUACCUGGAGAGGCUCCUGGAUGUUGAAGUGCCUCAGAAUGUUGGCCUGGAACAGGAGCCUGUUGAGGUGGCUGAACCUGAGGAGGCAGUAGAGGAACAAGAGGUCUCCAAGAACAGUGGGAGUCCCUCCAAACCCUGCAGUGCUCCCAAGAUUGCGAUUAGUACGCCCACCUUGAAGCCUGUGGCCACUGGCCAGGCAACGGCUGUGGAAGAGGAAGAAGCUGAGCUUGACCAAACAGAUGGACACAGAGAGCCACCCCAGAGUGUCAGGAGGAAACGCAGUUACAAGCAGGCAAUGAGUGAAACAGAUGAGGAACAACUGGAAGAUGAAGAACUGCAGCUCCCCCGGAACAAGACCCUUUCCCCACCCUGUCCAGCCAACAAGGUGGUACGGCCCCUCCGGACUUUCUUGCACACAGUGCAGAAGAACCAGAUGCUCAUGACCCCCACUCUGCCCUCCCGCAGCAGUGUCAUGAAGUCCUUUAUUAAACGCAACACUCCACUCCGUGUGGACCCUAAGUGCAGCUUUGUUGAGAAGGAGCGCCAGCGCCUAGAGAGCCUGCGACGGAAGGAGGAGGCUGAGCAGCUGCGCAGACAGAAGGUAGAGGAAGACAAGCGGCGGCGACUGGAGGAGGUGAAGCUGAAGCGUGAAGAACGCCUCCGCAAGGUGUUGCAGGCCCGUGAGCGGGUGGAACAGAUGAAGGAGGAAAAGAAGAAGCAGAUUGAGCAGAAGUUUGCUCAGAUUGAAGAGAAGACAGAAAAGGCUAAGGAGGAGCGGCUGGCAGAGAAGGCAAAGAAAAAGACAACUGCCAAGAAGAUGGAAGAGGUAGAGGCACGCAGGAAGCAGGAGGAGGAGGCACGCAGGCUCAGGUGGCUCCAACAGGAGGAAGAGGAGCGGCGGCAUCAAGAAAUGCUUCAGCGGAAGAAGGAGGAAGAACAGGAACGCCGCAAAGCAGCUGAGGUCAGGCGGCUGGCAGAACAGCGUGAGCAAGAGCGGCGGAGGGAGCAGGAACGGAGGGAACAGGAACGGAGGGAACAGGAACGGAGGGAGCAGGAACGUCUUCGAGCCAAGAGGGAGAUGCAGGAGAGAGAGAAAGCCCUGCGGCUCCAAAAGGAACGACUUCAGAAAGAACUGGAAGAGAAGAAGCAGAAGGAAGAGCAGCAGCGCCUGGCUGAGCAGCAACUACAGGAGGAGCAGGCAAAGAAAGCUAAGGAGGCGGCAGCAGCCAACAAAGUCCUGAACAUGACCGUGGAUGUGCAGUCUCCUCUUUGUACCUCAUAUCAAAUGACUCCACAAGGACCCAAAUCCUUCCCGAAGAUCAGUGUAGAUGACUAUGGGAUGGACCUAAAUAGUGAUGACUCCACAGAUGACGAGGCCCAUCCCCGGAAACCCAUCCCUUCCUGGGCCAAAGGCACUCAACUCAGCCAGGCCAUUGUCCACCAGUACUACCACCCCCCAAACAUGCUAGAGCUCUUCGGAUCUAUUCUCCCGCUGGACUUGGAGGACAUCUUUAAGAAGAAGAAGACUCGCUACCAUAAGCGUACUAGCUCUGCUGUUUGGAACUCACCACCCCUGAAAGCCACCAUGGUCCCCAGCAGUGGGGACUAGCCUAUAGUCUGAAGAAGCCAUGAGGCCGGCCCUCAACCUUUUUGCAGUACAGGGCCCAUGUGUGUCUUUCUGUUUGUUUCUCUGUCUGUUUCUGUGUUGGGCUGGUGCCCUUGUGUCUGACAUGCCAUUGUUCAGGUGGAUAUCAGUGUCCUCUGUUUGUCAGGUAUUCCCAGACUUGUUUGGAGGAUGAGCUUCAUGCCUGGGGAAGAACCAGAUUCAGCACUGAUGGAUCGUUGCAGUACUCUGUAAAUAGAUUGUUACAGUUCAGUUGAGUGAAUUUUAGUUUCUGGUGUUUGUGAGGUAGUUUAAUAAAGUAUAUAGCCUGAA